AUGAAUAAUCACAUAAUCACUCACUUCAUCUGAUUCAUCACUACUCGAGUUCAAAAUUGAGAUUGUAUGCUUAAACGACUAGUACGACCGAAAUAUUAUCAUUAGCCCAUAGAAUUUCGUUUCGUUGCCUGUUCUGUGUAAUGUUCGUGGAAUUCAGUUAAUAAGUGUCAACAAGCAAGUAUGGCUCCUAGUUUCAACAGGUGGCAGGGUGCAAUAAUGAUGGUCCAUGAAAUUUCCGGAGUUUCAACAGGUGUCUGGGUACAAUACUCAAUGAUGGUCCUUGAAAUUUCAGUAACUCUAGCUUUAAAUCAGCUUUAAAUCGGUGUCAGAACCUAAUUUAAGAAGAGAUAAGUUUUGUUUAUUGGGAGUGACAAAUAUUUUGAAUAAUCACAAUCUUGUCAGUAUGAAAGAAGUAAUGACGGCAGACCAAGCCAGGAUUUCUCACAUUGGACUUGUAGCUCGAAGUCCUGAAGGGCAUGCUGCGAAAGGAAUGCAAAUCAAGGGUCAUGAAGAUCUCUGGGUCGAAAUUCAAACAAAUACAUUCCGGAAUUGGGUCAAUGAACACCUAAAAACAGUUGGAGAAAGAGUUGAUAAUCUUGGCACAGACUUGUGUGACGGUACAAGACUUUGUUUACUCAUUGAAGUUCUUCAACAACGGAAACUUAAACCGGCAUGGGUGAAGAGACCAACCAAUCAUCAUCAGUACCUGGAGAAUACUACCACAGCCCUAAAUGCUAUUGCUGAAGAUGGUGUCAAACUUGUCAAUAUCGGCAACGUUGACAUUGUAAAUGGUAAUAUAAAACUAAUUCUGGGUCUUAUCUGGUCACUUAUUGUCAGGUAUCAAAUCGGAAGAUCAAAAUUCCCUCCGAAGAAAUUAAUGCUAGCUUGGCUCAAGGCAGUAUUACCAGAAUGUAAAGUGUCUAACUUUACAACGGAUUGGAACUCAGGCAUUUACCUAAGUGCGUUACUAGAUUAUUGUGAACCGGGCAUAUUUCCUCAUUGGAAAAAUCUCAACUUAUAUGAUCGAGUUGAAAACUGCCGGAAUGCCAUGGAAUUAGCUCGAUCAAGAUUCAAUGUGCCAAUGAUCUUAGAACCCGAGUACCUGGCCUCUCCAUACCUCGAUGAGUUGUCUGGAAUGACGUAUCUUUCAUAUUUUAUGAAAGAAAAUAGUCCUGGCUUUAGAUCUACUUUAAGAUGGGUGAACAGUCAAAUACCCAAAAAUAAGGUCACUAAUUUCACAAGAGACUGGAAUGAUGGAUCAGCAUUAAAUGCACUUGCCAAAUCACUUGGGGCCUCUGCUAAAUACCAACCUUCAAACGAUGCUACAAUUUGGGAAUCAAAUUUAAAUGCUGGCAUCACUGCAGGAAGAAAAUUAGGAGUUGAGCCAAUUUUGUCUGCAAAAGAUAUGGUGGAUCAAAAUGUUGAACACUUGGGAGUUAUGGCAUAUGCAGCAAAGUUUCAAUGGAUCCCUGCUCGAACAAAUCCAUGUUUGACUGUAGGAGCCAGUGUUGAAACUCACACCACCAGGAUUUACAAACCUACCAAUUUUAAAAUAGACUUUCUUGGAGAUGAAGUGGAUCCAAGUGACAUUAAAGUUGAAGUAACAGGUCCAGAAUGUAGCAAAUUAGAAUGCCAACUUACUCUGACAUUCAAUGGUGGGAGAGGAGUAUUCACGCCCACUCAAGUUGGAAUGCACAAACUCUUGGUGUAUAAUGAAGGAAAAAUUGUCAGAGGCUGUCCAAUCUACAUAAGGACUUUACCUGAACUUUCAUCAAUCACUUACACUGGUAUGGAGCCUUGUGCUGUUGGCUCAAUUGUUGAAGUUUUGGUUAACUCUCAUGGGGCUCAAGCUGGAUUGAUUGAGGUGAUUGCUGUCUCGCCUAUGGGCCGUAGCCUUGCUUGUCCGGUGCAUGACACAGAAGGUGUGUAUAGUGCUAAAUUUCAGCCUGAUGAACCUGGUGAGUGGACUAUCUCGGUCAAACACAGUGAUCAAAUCAUUCAAGGUGGACCCUACACAUGUUUCGUGUAUGACCCAAAUGGUGUUAAGCUACUUGGUCUUGACACCCCUGCUGUACCUGAAAGUAUAUUUAAUUUUACUCUGGAUGCUACCGGCACAGGUGGACUCGGAACAAUAUUGAUUGACAUUGUUCAUCAUCAUGAAUCGUUACCCCACACUAUAGAUCACUUGGGAAACUCAGUUUAUCGUGUAUCUCUCCAUACCAGGAGGGCUGGCAAAUACAAGGUUUAUAUCUACUUCAAUGGAUUAACUGUGAAAGGUAGCCCUUUUCUGCUACGAGUCGGUACGAAAGAACAAAUGAAAGCAGAGAAAACAUAUGAGCACCAUGAAGGUUAUGAGGAAGAUCAUCAUAGUUCUUACCCCUUAAUUGAAAAAGUUGACCUACCUUCUGCUAGGCUUCUCAGCUCUCCACCUUUAGUUAAAUCAACCCAGAAUUUAAGAAGCCCUAUGAAUAGCAAUUUUUAUCCAGCCUCCAGUCCCAAUGAUUUCUAUCACUCUUCAUGGCACAGUCCAACUCCAAAGAGUUCACGUCAAAGCAAUGUGUAUUCUUCCUCUGUAUCAAAUUCAAUUGGUAGUACAAAACAUGUUUCUCAACCUCACUCCAUGAAUCAUGUUUAUGAAGUUGGUCUUCCUCCAGUAAAAUCAACAAUGUGGGAAUUUCCUACCCAAACGCAAAACUCAUGGGACACCUCAGCUAAAGCACCCUCUGAUUCAGAGCUGAAAGUGUCAGGCCAAGCCCUUGAUCUGGUUCCAGUUCACAAACUUUCUUCGUUCAUCAUCUACACAGAUGCUCCUCUUGAUGCUGUAAAUGUUACCAUAACAACUCCUUCCAGAAUGACUUUACCAGUUAAACUAUCGAAAAGUUCACAGCAGGCAUAUGCAUAUUUUACCGCCAAUGAAAUAGGUGAACACUUGAUCGAUGUGAAGAUAAGAGGUGAAAGGAUUCCUGGAUCACCAUUCAAAUCUUACGCUUAUAAUACCCAUGCUAUCAAAGUUGGAAAAAUGCCAGAUGGAUUCGUGGGUCAACCUGUCGAAUUCGAAAAAAGUCCUUGGAAAAUCAUGGUGAUGGGAAGGGGCCCAGCCACUAGCCUUGGGCCAAAAAUGUCUGUCAUUGGUGAAGCAAUUCGUCUUGUUGCUGUUGAUUCCCUUGCAUACUUCCAAAUUAGUGCUGUUGGGUUCCAUAAAGAAGAUAUACAUGCUAGUGUCAUCAGUCCUUCCAAGAUAUCAAGCUCUGCGAAGGUUGUGCCAGAUGGUGAAAAUGGGCUCUAUCAGAUUGAAUUUACUCCUGUGGAGGUUGGCAGCCAUCUCGUGGAAGUUAGUGUUGCAGGAGAGAAACUUCCUGCAGGACCUCUUGUCGCAAAAGUUUACAACGCUGGUUUAAUCAAGGUUACAGAUGUGACGAGUGGUGUAAUCGGUCAGCCCUGCCAGUUCAGAGUGGAUGCAUCACAAGCCGGUGAGGGUCAGCUAGAAAUCUCAAUCAAUGAAGGAGAGGUGCCAAAUCACGUCACUGUGGUGGGAGGAGGAAGAUGCCUUGUCAGUUUCACACCAGAACACAACAAACCUCAUUUGAUAGACAUUAAAUUUAAUGGAGAAACUGUCAGUGGUUGCCCAUUUGUUUGCGCAAUAUCGGAUACCAGCCGAGUCAGCGUUGAUUUUAGUUGCCUUGAAUUGAUCCCAGUAAAUCAAGUUGCCAAAUUUCACAUGAAUGUUGACAAUUCUGGCUCAGCUGAACUUUCAGUCGCUGUCACUAGUCCAACGCAUGAGUUGCCAGUGAAGGUGAGUGGCAAUGUUCAUUCUGGCUUUAUAGCAGAAUUUACACCUACAGAAGUAGGUCCUCAUUCCAUCUCAGUUGAUUACAAUUCUCAUCCCAUCUACGGAACUCCGUUCGUCAGUAAAGUUUAUAAUUCCAAGGAAGUUCUUGUAGGAACUGUACCGCAAGGACAUGUCGGCAGCACUCUCCAAUUCAAAGUUGAUGCAAGUCAAGCUGGAGAAGGAAACUUAGAAAUAACGAUCAGUGCAAGAGGAGCUAACAUUCCAACCCAAGUCCAUCCGCAAGGAAAUGCUAAAUUCAUUGUAAGUUUCCUUCCCGUGGAACCGACUGAUCAUAUUAUAACAAUACAUUUCAACAAACAGCCUGUGCCAGGCUCUCCUUUCAUAGCCAGUGUGGUUGGAGAUUUUCCUCUUGUCACAGGCUCUGCAUUAUCUCGCGCUCCAUUAGGCUCUGAUUCAUAUUUCACCAUGAGUAAUGUUGCAGGAAGCUUAGACGACAUAGAAGUAAACGUUGAAGGUCCAACUGGACAGUCUGUCCCAGCGCAAGUUAAAGAUGCCGGAAACCAAACUUUUAAUGUUGAGUUUUGUCCACGUAUUGUGGGUGAGCACAAAAUUUCCAUCAACUACUGCCAAGUUCCAAUAUCCGGCUCUCCAUUCAGUUGUAAAGUCUACGAUGUUAAUGCAAUCAAAGUCAAAUCAGUGAAGAAAGGAACUGUCGGACAUCCUGUAACGUUCAUAGUUGAAACAAGCCAAGCAGGCCCAGGAAACCUAGAAGUGACUGUAAAUGGAGGAAGAGUCCCGACAUCAGCUCAAGCUCAAGGAUCUCACACUUAUGCAAUUUCAUUUACUCCCCGCCAAGCGAUGCUCCAUUGUGUGGAUUUGCAUUUCAAUCAUGAACCAGUCCCAGGAAGUCCUUUCUUAUGCAACGUGAUUGAAGCAGCCAAAAUCAUCAUGCUAGGCGAAGACAAAGUGAGUGUCGAUAAACCAACUGUAUUUGCUGUAGAAUGUGAACAGUCUGCUGGUAUCCCUCAAAUUCAAGUUUUAAGUCCAUCGAGAGUUGCAUUACCAGUCAGUAUUUCACCUGCCGAGUCUGCUGGCAGGUUUAACGUCAGUUUUACUUGUAACCAAGUUGGGGACCAUAGUGUUGAAGUAAAAUUGAAUGGAAGUGUUGUGGAAGGAAGUCCCUUUUUAGUUAAGGCGUAUGAUGCUUCAAAAGUAAGGGUAACUGACAUUAACUCUGGUACUGUUGGAAAACCUGUGUACUUCAAUAUUAAUGCUAGCCAAGCUGGUGCUGGAAACCUAGAAAUAAUUGUAUCAGUAAAUGGAUGUAAUGUGCCGAAUUAUGUACAGUCUGAGGGGAAUGCUAAAUUCCGUGUCAAUUUCAAACCCAAGGAGGCCGCUCCUCAUAACUUGAGCGUUAGAUUCAAUGGGGAGCCAAUUCCAGGAUCCCCUUUCAUUUGCCGUGUUAUGGAAGCUGGUCAGUUAAGAGUGUCUGGUGAGGGCAUCAAAAUGUGUCCUGCUUUCCAAUCAGCCCAUAUCUCCAUUGAUUGUCAUGGAAUGACUUCAAAUUGUCAAGUCAUCGUUACAUCACCGUCAAACAAAAAGCUUGAUGUUGAGCUACACAAGCAAGAAAAUAAAUUGAUAGCAACGUACGUCCCAUCUGAAGUUGGACGACAUAGUGUUCAUGUGAAUGCAGAUGGACAACCUGUUAAGGGCAGCCCUUUUGUUUGUAAUGUUUACAAUGUUGAAAACAUAAAAGUGACAGGUCUUGGAACUGCAAAGGUCGGAAAACCGGUUACAUUUAGCGUCAAUGCAACUGAAGCUGGAGAGGGUACUCUAGAACUGAUAAUCAGCACACAGCAGAGCACGGUAAAGGCUGAGGUUGUCGCAUGUGCAAGAGGACUGUAUGAUGUGACUUUUGUCCCUCAUCAAGUACUCCCGCAUUUUGUCAACAUCAGUUUUAAUGAACAAGAACUCCAAGGAAGCCCCUUCCGAUGCGAUGUUCAUGAGGUUCCUAACAAGAAAGGUUGCACAGCCACUGCCAGGGGUGAAGGGCUCAACCAAGUUGUGUUGGGAAGAUUUGCUUAUUUUGAAGUGAACCCACACACACCGGAUCAUGGCUCAAUCGAUGUUCAAAUCAUAGGACCAGACAAUUCAAAAAUUCCUGCUCAGAUUGAAAAAUUAGAGACUGGUCUGUAUCAAGUCAAAUAUAAGCCACUUCUCGUUGGUAUUCAUAUGAUAUCUAUUUUUCAAAGGAAGCAGUCUAUCACGAAACAGCCAUGGAGUGUGCAGGUCUUUGAUCCUAUGCAAGUGAAACUUUUUGGUGUAUCUGAAUCUUUUUGCCAUCGACCCGCAAGUUUAAAAAUUAACACAAUUGGAGCCGGUCCUGGUACCCUCUUCAUAAAAGUUAGUGCUGCUGGAAACGAAGUCAAACAUGUGAUUCGAGAAAUUGAACCUGGCAUCUAUCAAGUUGUUUAUCAUCCAACACUAGCAGCUCUACAUAAAGUUCAUGUGCAUUACAAUGGAAUGAGCAUAGUUGGCAGUCCUUUAGAAGUAAGUGUAACAGAUCCAGCAGUCGGGAGACAUGUGUGUGCCAGUGGUGUAGGAUUAUAUCAAUGUCGAGCGAACCGUGUUAGUAAUUUCACAAUAGAGACUGCAGGAAGGCCUUCUGUAGAAUUCGAUGUAGUAAUAACUGGACCUCAAGGAGCAGCAGUGCCCGUUCGCUGCUAUCAACAAAAAGAUGGAAAUUUAUUGGCAGAGUUCACAGCAACAAACACCGGAGUGUACAAAAUUGAUGUUUUGCAAGGUUCAAGGCCUGUGCGAGGCUCACCAUAUUUGUGUCAAGUGUAUGAUGCAUCAAAGGUGAAGGUAGAAAAGGAUACUGAUAAUAAUGUCUCUGUAAAUGACACAAUUUCAUUCAAAGUGCUGCGGAAGAAUGCAGGAUUCUCAGAAUUAGACGUCUCUGUUCACGAUCCAGCAGGCCAAAAUUUACCUCUUAAAAUGAAAAGUUUGGCUCAUGAUGUAGAUGUCAUUGAACUUCAACCAUCUAUACCCGGAGACUAUACCUUCCGUAUUACAUAUGGAGGAGAUUCAAUACCAGAUUCCCCGAUGACCUUCAACGUCAUUGAAUCCGGUGUCACAAGAGCGUGGGGUAAUGGACUGUCAAAAGCAUUGCUCAACAAUAGUACAAAAUUCACAAUCUCAUGCUGUAGGCCUGUCACAGCUGAGCAACCAGUUGUUUCUAUCUCUGGUCCUGACCACAGUCUUGUGAAUACGAAUGUCGUGUCAAGCGGAGAAGCAGAGUUUGAGGUGACUUACAUUCCAACUCAGGUUGGUGUCUAUGAGAUUCAUAUCAGCUGGAAGAGCAAAGCAAUCUUAGGAUCUCCAUUUCAUUGUAAUGUUGUUUGCUUGGAUAAAGUUAAGGUAAUUGGAGAACCAUCCUCACUAAACAGAUUACCACUAGUCAUCAGUACCCCCACUAGGAUCACUUUCGAUAUCUCACAAGCUGGCCCAG